AUGGCAACUCGCAGGACUUCCGUGGCCUUUCCCGACGGGUCUCAACCACCGCCUUUGUUGACCUACCUGAAGGAAUAUAAUUCUACGGACUAUUGCGGAUCGAGCGCGACACCUGCGUCAGAUCCCUCGCGACGUUACCCCCGAUCCAGCCAUGAUGAAUUCUCGCCUCUUCCAAACAGCUCCUCCCGGAUUCCAGAGCUCGAGCUUCACGAUCUGUGGGAAUGCAGUCACUGCGGGCAUCUUACCCGGUCUCAGCGGAUAAGUAAAAGACACCAGGUUGCUGCUGCACAUCGUGCUGACGGCCUUCCGUGGGCGCCUCGCCGCGUGCAAGGCCAAUCCUGGUUCCAAUCCAGCCGAUACCUGCGCUUCUGGACCACCGCGCCCGUGGACCAUGGUCGACCAGCCAGCAUGCCAGUGGAAACCACGGAAGAUCCGCCCUCCUCCUCGGCUGCUGACACAAUACUAAUAGGCGAGCCGGAGAUCGCUCCAUCCCAACUUGAUCCGGUCACAGAGGACAACCGGAGAAUCAAACCCAACGAACUACCGGUCCGACCGCUGCGACCCCUGGCCCCGAAGCCCGUAGACGCGGAGCCAAUAGAACGACCGACCACACCAUUGCAAACCCCACCCCUGACUGGCAACCACACGGCCCGAUGGAUCCGGGAAAUUCAGCACCUAGAGGCUCGUGGGAUCCACCGACAGCACCCUGCGCAAGAGGCCCGUCCGGAUCCUCGGCUCUUUGUUUUUCAGGCCCGUCAUAUGGAGGACGAUGUCACACCAUGGCUGCUGCAGACCGACUGGCUUCGAUUCCUGGAUGGCCGUUAUCUUCGGGUGUUGGCCGAAGCGUCCGCGCCAGACCCUGGCCGGCUGCAGAGCCAUCCAGGUCUGCAAUCUUUCUGGCCAGGAGCGCUAUGGGACGAUAAGGAGUUAGUCCCAGAUGAGCCCGCAGGGAGCAUCCAGCAGAUGUCGGUCAACAUUUUAGACCUGGUUAUUGCAUCGUUUGACCGGGUCCUUAACCGAGCCCUGGACAGCUUAGCGUCCACCCAUCCGCCAAUCCGUCGUCUAUUCCGCAGCUCAUCGCAGACCGGUUUGAGUGCGGUGGAACUCGACCGGCAGCAGCCAAAGACGCUCCAACGCUAUCGCCGCGUAUGGCGGCGGUAUCUGGCCUGGAUGGUACGCGGAGCCCCUCUGACUGACCAAGAGCGCACGGAGAUCCUCGGCCUCCGGUUGGACAAGUAUGAGCGGGAGCAUCUCACCCGGAUCUGGGACACCCUCCAGGCAUACCUGGCUCAUCCGGAAGAAACCCUCGCAGCGGGCCACUUCCUUCAACGAAUGGAGCAAACUGAUGCUCGGCGGCAGGCAGUUAAGCGCGCCUAUGAUCGGAGUAACCUGGGUGAACUCGCUGCAAUAUCGAGUCCUGUUCCCACACCUCAGACUACAUCAUCUACCACCACUGCCAACUCCCGGGCGGGUACCGCUGCCGUGCGCAAACGGCCGCGGCGAGAGAGCGUGACCCCGACACCAUUGCCACCACCAAUGCGCCGUGGCCAUCGCCGUACAGCCUCCCAAGCUCGAUUGUUAACUCCGACGAAGGCCUCCGGCACUCGACUCCGCGAUCCUCGUGUAGGCGGCAGUGUGUCUACCGGUGAGAACUCACCGGUCCCCUCACCGCGACGUGUUGAAAGAAUGGUUGCAGUGUGUAUCCCUAUAACUCCACCCUUGUGUCAUCUCCAGACGCUCAAUCCUCUCAAACCAGAUACCGCCUCAGAACCUGCGUGGUUAGGGAGCCCGGGGCACAUCCCCGGCGAGAUAAGCGACACCGAUUUGACAUCGAGUGAUUGGUCUGAUGAGGAGGAAGAAGACUUCCUGACCAGUACAGAAUCGCCGAUCCCGUCUAUGGGUGACGGCGCCGACCUAGAUCGACGAGCCGGAGGGGCGUGCCUCAGCUUCCACCGGAAUCAGACUGGCAACAAAUUUGACAGCAGUCUAGUUGCACUAACAGCCGUGCUUGCGAUUCACCCUGUCCAUCUCACUGUGGCCGGUCCAUAUAGCUACACCAGCGACCUGGCUGCCAUCCUCUGGAUUUCACGGCUGCUUCUGCUGGAGUAUGCACUGCCCGCCAAGCCAUACCACUUUAUUAAUGACGUGCCGGUCCGUGACCAGUAUCGGAACCGAGUCCGACGAGCCGCAGCGGUGCACUACACCUUUGGAGUCCGGCAUACUUUUUACCCACUGGAGGAGAUUUUACGGCUGACCGCCCAUGGGAUAUACCAGAUGUAUCACGAGGUGCGUCCAGCCUCGAUCACCUGGUCUCCGGACCAAGAGACAGUGUACUACCGGCAAAACCCCACUGGCUAUACCAUGACCAACUUCCGUCACUGGAUCCAGCACCUGAUCCACACGACCACAGACUUCUUUAACCGGGAGCUCCUGCUGGGCUACGUUGAGGACUUUACGCUAGCGGACUUGGUCGACGUGCCCAUAUCCACCGUCUGGCGUGCGGCCGCUUCGGCAGGUUUCGACACACUGGGAUAUCCAGGCCAUGCGAUUGUUACCUGGGGCCAGACCAGUCGUGAGAAGGAGCUACUCACCAUUAAAUGGCAGAAUACCGCGACAUCCCAGCGGAAUAUCUUUCUCAGCAACGGCCAGGUUAUGAUCGUAACCGAAUAUCACAAGACCCGCCGCCGGACCGUCCGUACCCACCCCGUUGCUCGAUUUCUUCCCUCCGCGGUGGGCCGGCUGCUUGUAACGUAUCUAAUCCACGUCCGUCCCAUGCUGGUGGCGUUUAACAUCGACUCAGCCGUUUUUAACAGUGCCUAUCUAACCACCCUAAGUUAUCGCCAUCUGUCUAUCGCCAUUGCCAAGAAACAUCUCCGCCCCCAGAUGACUGGAUCUGACCUGCAGUCCGCCGAGACAGUCCUCCAUAAUAUCCUUGCCGCCCAGGCCGGUCAUCAUUCCCAUAUCAAUAAUCAGAUCUACGCGGUUGAGGACACGUAUCCAUUAGGGUCUCCUUCCCAGUCGCCAAGAAGCAUUCCAGCGCGCGAAACCACGACCCCUCGUCAUCUGGCAGAGGUUAACUCUGAUAACAGUGUGGGAUCCAACAAGCAAGAAUAUGGAUUUAUUGGCUUUGAGCCCAUUCCCCAGCUGAAAGUCAUAGUUUGCCGUCGAUGUCGGUAUGCUGUGCGACCCGAUGAAGUAGAGCGCCAUCUAAAAAGCAGCAUUAUCUAUCCCAUCGGACAGUGA